AAUAUUUGGUUGUCAUGGUCAACUGACCUUCACACUAUUUUAAGUAGGAGAUUCUCGAAAAAUGACUGCUAGUCGUGACGCUUAUAGCACUUUGAAAACGGAUGACAGGACCAGAGUAACAAUACCAGAAUACAACAACAGAGAUGGGCAUAUGAAAACAUCACUUUAUGGUGGAGCCGCCUGGUAUAUACCUUCAGAAAGACGUUGGGAAUCUUACAGUGAACAUUUUGAACUACCAAAAUUAACACGCAGAGAUGCCAUAGAUUUUCAGUCUGAGAAAGACUUUUUGAAUUUUCUUAAAAAGCGUGACAUUCCAGAUUAUAAGAAAAUCACAGCUUAUUAUCCUUCUCACCCUCCAUCUGUUAAAUGGAAUAGUCAUUAUCGAAUUCCAUCCUCGCAAACUGCUGGUGAUCUGCGAGAAUGUAUUGACCAAAGACGUAUUUGGGAUGAUCCGGGUUAUUAUGGGUAUUACCAAGAGAUACUUGAUCGAAUGACAAGAGAGGAUUGUAGAAGACUACCACGUUCUGGUAUGGUGGGUACUCCUUAUUUUACACAUCGACCUAUUACUAAUCUAUCAAUACAAAAUCAACUGUCAGUUAAUCUGUUAUUCAUAAGUGUCAAGAGUUGUAGAACAACAGAGGUCCAUCCAUCCGUGAAAUAUAUAGAAAAAUGACAGUGAUUUAUUUGAUUUUGAGACAAUCCAUUUUUUGUUUUCUUUCAACACAUUCAUCCUAUAUAUCUCCGACGGAUAUAUAUAUAUAUAUAUAUAUAUACAGAUGAUGGAUGGUACACAUAAAAAAAUGACAACCUUAAAUACACAAAGAGUAUUGAACUAUUGAACUGUUCAACUUCUUAAAAGUUUAUUUAAAGUAACCUAUUCAUAAAUUUAUUCAUUAAUCUAUCAUAGAUAUGAAAUGUAAUAAAAAAUGUCUAUGUUCAUUAAAAAAGGGGAAUUUGUCAUCUUUU